GAUGAUGUCAAACAUUGCUAAAGAUAGAACGGCCCAUUCAUUGAAGAAAAGGGGGAGUGUGUCUCCUCUAAGUGGUCAUGAAUUCCGACAGAGGGAACUUCAUGGACACAUCAAAGACUGUGUGAGUACUGUGUCUCAUAUGGAUGUACCUAGCCAGCGUGAUGAUACCUCUCGCCUUACAGUUCAGGUGGAAAACACUUAUCAGUUAGGUCCUGCCAAACAUUUUCCUGUGGUCACUGUCAAUCAUAUUUUGAAAGAUGUGUUAACUAACUAUCUACAAGAAGAACAAUAUGAACCAGAGCUCUGUAGACAGAUGACUAAAACGAUUUCUGAGGUUAUUAAAGCACAGGUCAAGGACCUGAUGAUUCCACGGUAUAAGAUAAUUGUUAUCGUUCACAUUGGACAACUGAAUAAUCAGAGUGUGCUUAUUGGAAGUAGAUGCCUCUGGAAUCCCAAAAGUGAUACCUUCUCAUCUUAUGUUUUCAGAAAUUCUUCACUCUUUGCUCUUGCAAAUGUCUAUGCAGUUUACUUCGAGUGAUUGAAAAUA